CCGCCCCCUGCGCCCGGCCGUGAGGGGGCGGUCCCAGCUUUGAUUGGACAGACAAGGUGGCACGCAGUGACGUCGCGGGCGACCGGCCGAGGGCAGGGGCGAGAUGGCGGCUGCCGUAGGGGCUCUGAGGAGGCUGGUGCGAUGCGGGCCCCAGCAGGGCCUGGGGCGGCUGCUGCUGCAGCUGCGCCGCGGGAUUCACGGCUCCGCGCCGGCCGCCGUCCAGGUGACCGUCCGUGACGCAUUGAACCAGGCAUUAGACGAGGAGCUGGAGAGGGAUGAGCGAGUGUUUUUGCUGGGAGAGGAAGUUGCCCAGUAUGAUGGUGCAUACAAGAUUAGCAGAGGUCUCUGGAAGAAAUAUGGAGACAAGAGAAUAAUAGAUACUCCUAUAUCAGAGAUGGGCUUUACAGGAAUCGCUGUAGGUGCUGCUAUGGCUGGACUGAGGCCCAUUUGUGAAUUCAUGACCUUCAACUUCUCCAUGCAAGCAAUUGAUCAAGUUAUAAAUUCUGCUAGCAAGACACUUUACAUGUCUGCAGGCAUGAUGCCUGUCCCAGUUGUCUUCAGAGGUCCCAAUGGUGCCUCAGCUGGAGUAGGAGCACAACAUUCACAGUGCUUUGCUGCUUGGUAUGGGCAUUGUCCUGGACUGAAAGUAGUCAGCCCUUGGAGUUCAGAGGAUGCUAAAGGUCUGCUUAAAGCAUCAGUUCGGGAUGACAAUCCAGUUGUGAUGCUGGAAAAUGAGUUGAUAUACGGAGUCCCCUUUGAAAUGUCAGAAGAAGCUCAGUCAAAGGACUUUCUUGUUCCUAUUGGAAAAGCCAAAAUAGAAAGGCAAGGAACCCAUGUUACUUUAGUGUCACACUCCAGAUCUGUUGGACACUGUCUGGAAGCAGCUGCUGUACUUGUCAAAGAAGGUGUGGAGUGCGAGGUGAUAAACCUCCGUACCAUUAGACCAAUGGAUGUGGAAAGUAUAGAAGCCAGUGUUGUGAAGACAAACCAUCUUAUAACAGUGGAAGGAGGCUGGCCCCAAUUUGGAGUAGGAGCUGAAAUUUGUGCUAGGAUCAUGGAAGGACCUGCCUUUAACUAUUUGGAUGCUCCAGCUGUGCGUCUCACAGGUGCAGAUGUUCCUAUGCCUUAUGCAAAGAUUUUGGAAGAGAACUGCUUACCUCAAGUGAAAGAUAUCAUAUUUGCAGUGAAGAAAAUAUUAAAUAUCUAGGUUGUGUAUGUACAGGGUGCUCUUCCAAAGUGUGUCUUAAGAGGAGAAUUAAUGGAAUGGACUACAAACUUGUAUUCAUAACAAUGUUAUAUAGCUCUAUUGACCUCUUGUACUGAGGGAAAGGUUUAGGUGACCUUUUAAAUGUAUUUAAUCUGUGUUUAGUAGGUUAUCCUCUCAGCUGCUUUCUUCUACCUAGCUAAGCAGUAAAGCACACUUACAUUUGUGGGUGCCAGA